AGAAGGCAGGAGUUAUAUUUUAAAAAAGCCACCUCAAGCAACAGCCUCUCUCUGAGUGCCUCAGUGCCCGGUGUGUGCAGGUGUGCUUCAUACUCCUGGAGAGUCCCUGUGGGCCCUGAUGCUUUGCUGGGAGUGAAUUAUAAUAAAGACAUCUUUAAAAAAAAACCGAACAAGAUCAUGACCUAUAAAAUGAUUCAAGCGGCCCUGUGUUCAACAUUGCUUAUAGGAGCACUGGGAGCGCCGUUUUUCUUGGAAGACCCAGCAAACCAGUUCCUACGUUUCAAAAGACACAUAUAUUUGCAGGAUUACUGGGAACCAGAGCACAGUCUGAAAACGUGGAAAAACACACUGGCUGAUCAGGCUUAUGAAACAUGGAGGGCUUUGAGAACAACAGCACAGUAUUAUCUGAGUGGGAACACCUUCACCUCUGACACGUCUACCGCCCGGUAAAUGUGCUUUGCUGGUUAAGCCAGGACAACAAGAAUGGUGGGAGUGAGCGCGGCAGUGCACCAAAGCCAAGGGCUCCAGCAAGCUGAAGGCCAAUGCUCGUCCUUUACUAGAUUAUUUAUUAUGUCUGUCGCAUAGAGGUGUUGAACAAAAGUAAAUAUAAAAAUUCAUCUGUUACCUAGAAUUUGAAGCUUUCCAUAAAUGGUAGAUAACAUAAGAACUAAAAUAAAAAAGACUAUAGUACAAGAAAGUAAUAACAUUUACCAAAGAGGGCUUUUAUGGAAAAAUAAACUUUUUUUAAAGCAGUGUCAUUAAAACUCUCUGUUCAUAGCCAUUGCUUUCUAUUGCCUCUUCUUUGUUAGUUUACGUUUUAAUUUAAAAAAGAGGGAUUUCUCAAAUGGAGCUGGCCCUCUUCUCUUUUCUUUAAUAUUUGUCACUGAUUAAAGCCAGUUUGUUUUAAGACCCCACUCUGAAAAUUUUUUCAUCAAAAGUGUAUUGCUGGGGCCAGUAGAGAGUAAAAUCUUAACUCAUAUUGGGGAGUGGUUGAUGACUAGGAACCCACUGAAAGCCACUCAUCUAUGAUGUAAACUUCCUCAGCAGUUUUUUAAAUCAUUGCCUGAGAAUAUGUUUAUUGAUUUUAGAGGCAGAGAAGGAGAGAGAGAGAAAGAGGGAAACUUUAAAGUGAGAAAGAAACAUUGUUUGGUUGCCUCCUGUAUGCACUCUGACCAGGCAUUGAACCCACAGUUGAACCAGCUACAUGCUCUGAUGGGGAAUCGGACUCACAACUGUUUGGCCCAUGGAAUGAAUGCUCCAACCAACGGAGCCACCUGGCUUAGUUUUCCUCAGAAGUAUUAUAAAAUGUACGCAAGUUUGCUUCCUAGUUCAUAAUAUAUUAUUGAUGCUUAUUUUAAUAUGAAAUAACAAAUUUAACUUACUGGCCAGGGAUAUUUAUUAAUCUUUUGUGAAACUGAAAAAUUGACUCGAAAGAAAUGUGUACUAUACUUAUCCUAUAGUUUUCCAUAUACCCAUGGAAUGCUACCUCAGUACUGUAGUUUGAGAAAUACUCAGGAGAUUAUACAACCAAAUCACUAAGACUGCCCCACCCCAAAUCACAGAUAAGUAAAAUUUUUGUAUGUUUUUCUUUAUAGACCUAGGUCCAUUGUCCUCUGAGUGGGGAGGGGAUUUAUUUGGUAAAUGGAAGCAUUCCCUGUAAGACCACAAUUGGCCUCAUGUGUUCUUACAAUAGUCUCACACACUUUUUCAGGAGUGGGUCUAUCAGUAACAUAAGAUGCCAAGAAGAUGCUCUUCUCCAAGAGGAUACUGGCAGCUAUUAAGUAUUCCAGUUCUUAUUCCAUCCCCUAGAAAUGUUUUCAGUGAGAAAUUAAAAGUUACUGCAUGAUUGAUUACAUUAACUGUUAUCUACUUUCAAUACAAAGAAACUGGCUUUUUAUUAGUAGUUUAUUGUAUUUUUUCCAUUACCAUUUAUCCCCUUUAUACCCUCUUCCACCUCCAUUCACAUCCUCCUCCCAACAAUCACCACACUGUUGUCUGUCCAUGAGUCCUUCUUCCUCUUUUGCCAGCUCCUAUCACCCCCCAACACACACACACACACACCCUACCGGGCAGAGCUGUCAGCCAGCUCUCCAGGAGUCUGCCAAUAUUUUGCUUGUUAGCACAGUUUGUUCAUUAGAUGCCACAUAUGAGUGAAAUCACAUGGUAUUUGUCUUCUUCUGACUGGCUUAUUUCAUUUAGAAUAAUGUUCUCCAGGUUUAUCCAUGCUGUCACAACAGAGAUUUCAAACACAAUUAAAUGGACAAAAUAAAGAAGGUGAAUCAUUUCAUUUUGCAUUAAGAAAAGUUUGAGAUUAUAUAUAAAUGUAUCAUCAGUGUUUCAACAAUAAUAUACAUUUUACUAUCACAAUGUUCUACUCUUUGAUUAUUUACUGUGAAACUAGAGAAUGCCCGGGCAUGGGUCAGGGUUCUCCAGAUAAUCAGAAUCAAUAAGAUGUAUGUGUGUGCAUGCAUAUAUAAAGAGAUUUAUUUUAAGGAACUGGCUCAUGCAAUUAAGAAGGCUGUCAAAGUCCAAAAACUGCAGGGUGUGUUGGCAGGCUGAAGACAAGAGAAGAACCAGGUUGCAGUUCAAGUCCAAAGGCCGCAGGCCGAAGAUUUAGAAAAGAGCCAGUGUAGCAGUUCAAUUUCUAAGAUCAUCUCCUAGCACAAUCUUCUCUUGCUCAGGAAUUCAGUCCCUUUGUUUUAUUCAGGCCCUCAGCUGAUUGGAUGAGGCCCACCCACAUCACAGAGGGCAAUUUGCUUUACUCAAAGUCCACCAUAAAUUGUGAUUAUGUGAUUUGUAAUCACAUCAAAUGUGAUUCUUGUCCAAAAACAUCUGUAUGGUAACAUCCAGAACAAUGUUUGACCACAUAUCUGGGCACAGGAGCCCAGCCAGGUUGACACACAAAAUGAACUAUUACAACCUGCUUAAAGUUCUUCAGAUAGUUUAUUCACACACACAUACAGAUAUACAUGCAAUAUGCACAAACUCACACAGCUGUGGUUGGAACAACGCAGAGUGGAAAAAAAGGAAAAAGAUUUUAAUUAACCUUUUCAGUAUAGUACAAGAAAGAAGUUUAGUGGAGUAUGGGCCCUUAAUAAUGUAAAAUUGUAAGUGAGCUGCUAGGUUGAUUUUGAUUUAAGUAACAUGGAAAAGCAACUCUGCUAUUAGGUGGUUAUCUGGCCAAACAAGCGUGGAAAGGAGGUUUCUUGUUCAAACAUAAUUCCAUGGAAAAUUUAUAUAAUACCAGAAAACAAACAAACAGUGUGGGGACUGGUUGAAAAAGGUGAAGGGAUUAUGAACAUUAAAAAUAGCAAAAUACAUAAAUAAAUAAAUAGAAAACAAACAAAACAAAGCAACAAACAAAAUAGCUCAGGUCUACAUAAAAUAAUUUAUCUGGACAUUCAGUUAACUUCAACAUAGCUGAGCAAAAAGUGGUGACUAUUCAGUUUUUCAGAUAGAAUUUAUAAAAGCCAGGUACCACAUAUUUGUUGCUUAUAUGCAAAAUCAGCUGGGACCAGAAUAACUCUGAAUUUAGUCUUUGAGGAAAUUGAUUGUAUUGAGGUACCAAUUAUCUAGAUAGUUACCUCCACUUAAAUUAUUACUUUCAAAAUGGUAUAUGGGAUGACAUAAUUGAUUUUUUUCAGACAGGAGUUCUAAUUUUGUUUUAAUCUGUACCUAGUAUGUAAACCUAUGUAAGAGUCUUGCUAUGUGAAGACUAAAGACUUUUUAACAUUUUUAAGAGCCCUUAACAAACGUUGCCAAUCUGGACCAUAUUAGGAAACAGAGAGAGGAUCAGAGACUGACCCUUCCCUUCACUUACUUCUGGAGACUCUAACGACCUCUGCAGCUGGGAUGUCCACAUGUUCUACUGCAGCAUGAAUAUCAUAACUACUGUGGUGACUCUGAAUUCUUCUGAAGUAGGUUGCCAUUCUAAAAUCUAAAGCAAACCAUUUGGAUUUGCCUUCCCUGUGGGAUUGAUUAAAUAGUCCCACUAUUUAAGUAGAAUUGACUGGUAAUGAUGAAGGUAAAGACUUCCCUGAGAUUUUGCUGCAAAUUUAAGGCUCACUAGAACCACUCUUCUUAUUACAUAAACACCAUUCUGCUAAGUUUUCUGCAUUUUUAUGGAAGCAUUAAAAAAUAUACCAAAUAUCAGGCUGACUUCUUAUUAUAGUAUCUUGGACAUUCUAUCCUCUAGAAUUGUUGUAAAGGUGGUUCAUACGGUUUCCAUGCUAAAUAAGUCCAAAGAAACAAUUUUGUGUCUUCCUUCAAUGAGAUUCAUAAGAAGCACAGUUCUAGUCUUGUUAUAUGAGGUCUGUCCAGAAAAAGUAUAGCCAUUGCUAAUAUAAUGAGAAUGGUUUGCACAACAUCAAUGUAACAAUGCUAGCCAAGGAGAGUGAACUGGAAUGUGCACAUGUGAGCAGUGAUGACUUCGCUGUACUAGUCUGUGGGGGCAGUAGAGGCUGUUGAAUGAGCAUGUGCACUGUGUGGCCAACACAUUCAAAAUGACUGAGUGAGGAGAGCGAUGAAUAUGCAUCAAAUUUUGCAUUAAGCUAGAAUAUUCCUCCACAGGAAUUAUUCAGAUGAUUCAGAAGACCGAAGCUGUGGGCAACUGGUGACUGGCAGCUUCAUCACAGUGCAUCCACUCAUGCAUUAUAUCUUGUGCAGAGGGUUUUUUUUAGCAAAACAUAAAAUCACCCAGGUGUCUCAGCCCCCGUAGAGCCCAGAGUUUAUACCUUGUGACCUCUGGCUUUUCCCAACAGUAAAGUCACCUUUGAAAGGAAGAGAUUUCAGAGACUGUUGAUAAGAUUCAGGAAAAUAUGAUACAGCAGCUGAUGGCAAUAGGGAAAACUGAGUGAGGUCCCCAGGUGCCUACUUUGAAGGGGACUGAGAUGUCAUUGUCCUGUGUGCAGUGUUUCUUGUAUCUUGUAUCUUCUUCAAUAAAUGUCUCUGUUUUUCAUAAUAUGUGGCUGGAUACUUUCUGGACAGGCCUUGUAUAUCUUGCUCAAAAACUUAAUUCUAAAAAAAUUGACUCAGAGAGGAGAAAAUAACAUUUAUUAGGAUAUUAUAGACUUUGCUGUGCACUAUACUA